CUGAAAACAACCUUGAACACCAUGAAAGCAUCCAGCGUGCCAUUUUCUACGUGCGAAAGAGAUUUUCUCCUCGAGGGAAUCAAAUCGAGAAAGCGCAUAGAUGGACGCGAAGCCUACGACUACCGGAAACUCAGAAUUUUAUUUGGUGUAGACAGAGGACAUUGCGAGGUUCAACUGGGUGAAACAAGGGUUUUAGCUCAAGUGUCUUGUGAAGUUGUUCAACCAAAGCCAAAUAGACCCACAGAAGGCCAGCUAUUUCUCAAUGUGGAACUUUCACCAAUGGCAUCACCAGCCUUUGAGUCAGGAAGAAUGACGGAAUUUGGCACUGAACUUAACCGAUUUAUGGAGAGGUGUUACGUAGAGUCACGAGCUAUUGAUGUAGAAUCUCUAUGCAUUGUUGCUGGUGAAAAGGUUUGGUCAAUAAGGGUUGAUGUGCAUGUAUUGGACAAUGGUGGUAACAUUGCUGAUUGCGCAAGUAUUGCUGCAGUUACAGCUUUGGCUCACUUUAGGCGGCCAGAUGUGUCUGUUAUCGGUGAAGAUGUCACAAUUUACUCUCCAGAGGACCGUGAUCCAGUCCCCCUCAGUAUCCUUCAUAUGCCUGUCUGUAUAACAUUUGGCUUUUUCAAUGAAGGGCAACAGUUGCUUGUAGAUCCAACAGAUAAAGAGGAAAUUGUAAUGGAUGGGAGAAUGAUCAUGGCAAUGAAUAUUCAUCGUGAAAUCUGUGGAGCAGUGAUGGGUGGUGGAGUUUCAUUAGAAUCUGAACAGAUCCUGAGAUGUUCCAAGAUUGCAUCAGUUAAGGUUACUGAAAUUGUCGCUCUUAUACAAGAGGCACUGGAGGAGGAUUCUAAACAAAGAGCUCUUGGGAAAACAGGAUUGAUAGAAUCAGAUACAACACCAUCCAUUAUUACUGUGACAUCAGCUGAUGAGUCUGAGGUGGAUAUUAGUGGAGCUGUGGAAAAAGUAACAGGAGAAUGGUAUAAAAGAGUUAUACAUUAUUUUACUCUUUACUUCACAGAAAGACAACAUGAUGAUAUGACAGCAAUGGAAGAAAAUCCAUGGGGAGCACAAUUGAAGGGACCGGGAACUGCUCAAAUUGGCGAAGGAGGAGACAAUUCUUGGAUCGUUUUAGAUGAAGAAGAUGGAGAAAUGGAAGAAAGUGAGGAGGUUGAAAUAACUGGAGAGGAAAGAAAUAGUGAGUCUCCGACACCAGAAUCACAGCAGAAGAAUGGCAGCAAAGUCGUUCACUCCAUCGUGGAUAAUGAUGACAGCGAGGAGGAAGACGUUAUAAUACUGACUGCCGAAAGAAGUGAUGUGAUUCAGAAGAGCUCUCAGCCAAUGCGUACCCAGGAAACCUUAGGUUUGAGUGGGGCGUUGAAAAGUGACAGCGGAAAGAACAGUAACAGCAAAAAAAAAAAGAGGAAGAGGAUAUCUGGAAACAGAACAUCGCAAACUUCUUAGUGAUUUUAUUUAUAAUCAGUAUUUGUAAAUAGCUAUUAGUCUUUUUCUAAGCAAUUAAAAAUCACACAUAGUCCAUA